ACUUUUAAAGGGCUAGAUUGUCUGAGUUAAAGCAGUAAGCAGUAAACACAAAGGCACAACUGAGCUUGUUGCUAAAAUAAGAAAGUAUUUUACAAAAAUUUAUUUUAGAGAAAAUGUCGGAAAAACCUACUGUGCUGAUAUUGGGCGGCUGUGGUUUUAUCGGACGUAAUUUGCUGGUAUAUUUGGUUGACAAUGAUUUAUCCCGAGAAGUACGUGUAGUUGAUAAAACCCCUCCGCAAAUGGCGUGGUUGAAUGAGAAACAAUCCAAAGCUUUUGACAAUCCAAAAGUCGAAUUCUGUAGUGCGAAUUUGAUAAAUGCAAGCUCCUGCAAAAAUGCAUUUGCGCCUCAUUCAACUACCGGCAGAACAUGGGAUAUAGUUAUUAACUGCGCUGCAGAAACUCGGCCAAAUCAAACCGACGCAGUGUACAAAGAAGGCAUAUUAAAGUUGAGCAUGAAUUGCAUAACUGAAGCAUUGAACAUUAAAGCCAAGCGUUAUAUUGAGUUAAGCUCUGGAUGUGUUAACAGCUCGGAAAAAAUUCCUUUAAAAGAGAAUUGCAAAACAGAUCCUUGGACAGCAGUGGCGAAACAAAAGCUUAAGGUUGAAAAGGAACUGCAGUCAUUGGAAAACUUCAGUUUCACCAUAGUGCGCUUGCCAAUUGUUUAUGGUUUUGGGGACAAACGUUAUUUAAUGCCUCGUAUAAUUAUUGCUGCGAUUUACAAACAUUUAAAUGAAACUAUGAAGCUGUUAUGGAAUGACGCCAUGCGAUUUGCUACCGUUCAUGUUUACGAUGUUUGUGGAGCGGUUUGGAAAUUGGCAAAUAGUGAAAAGGCUUACCGAGAAACAUAUAAUAUAACGGAUGAUGCAGAAUCCACCCAGGGUACAAUAAGUGAUAUGCUGGCUGAUAUAUUUUCUAUAGAUAUUGAUUACUUUGGUAUUGUAAUGUCAAAUUUAACAAAGCUUAGUCUGUCGGACACUGUUAGCGAAAUCAAUGAUAAACAUAUGGCCCCUUGGGCAGAGAUUUGCCAACAGGAUGGCAUCUGCAAUACGCCAUUGACACCUUACUUGGAUGAAGAGCAACUGUAUCACAAACAUUUGAAUUUAGAUAACUCAAAACUAAAGGAGUUCGGCUAUGAACUAAAACACCCUAAGGUGACAUGUGAUCUCAUUAAGGAAAUAAUAGACGAUUAUGUUGAACUUAAGUUAUUUCCAAAAUCGUUGAUUUUAUAAUUUUCGAUACAAGCAACGUUUACGAUUUCAAUACGCUGUGCUGCAACUUUAGACUGCGCUCAACAAAUGACUUUAAUUGAUAUACAAUUCUUGAACUGAAAACUCAUCAAGCGUUCUUAUGCUCUAUUACUUUUCCAUUUAUCUUUCUCUAAAGUGUACUUAUAGUAUUAUCGUAGUUCUAUACCACUGAAAUCUUACCAUCUGGUGUUAACAAAUAUUUCAAUGGAUUUUUAUGAAAAUACAAGAUUUUAUCUUAUAAACGAUUAAUUUUAUAUAAGGCUAAAGUAUUUGAUAGUAUGUAUGUUAAUUGGUUCUAAAAUAAAAUGUAAUCUGUCAUAUGUUUGUGCCAAAUAAAUAAAAAUAGAAAACUAAAUUAAAAUCAUUCAUUGUAUAGAAAAGAUA